UUUUUUUUUUUUUUUUGUCUUCAAAUCUCCGUUCUGUCGUACGGCACGAGGUGUAACCCCUGUCGCGUGAACUACCGUGGCUGCCGCAGAUUGUCUCUUUUGACUCCUUCGCCUAGAUGUAUACGGCCGAGAGGCUUAGGGCCAGCGUCGCAAGAAGUCUCAUCCAAGGUCCACCCCGACAUGAACAUUGUGUCUCUGUGCACAGCACUCGCUCGACAUUCUCUGCGUGGCGAUGCUACGCUGAUGUCUGAGGUCUCCGGGACCACGCGGUGCUGGUUAAUGGAUGUCGUGGCCCGUGGACGAUCUAGAGGACGCGGAUCUGUGCAACGUCGGGCGUCUCCCAGAGGUGGCACCGCUGUACUAGCAUCUUGUGCUCGAGGUGGCGGCCAUCCUCUUGCCAGUCCGUCCCUACCGCUGGCUGAACCCAAUCAACAGGACCCGUCAUUUUGCCUCAUGAUGUCUGGCCGAGCGGCGUUACGUGCAUGUAGCACCAGCAUGCAAGCCAGUCGCCGCCAGCACCACUGCAAGCGUCGGCAGGCCAAUGAUGGACCGGAAACCUGUCUGUCAAGAGCAGAGCCCCUUUUCGCCCAGUUGGCUUUCUACCCAUUCAGGCGGCAGGCGAUGCUACACGGGACUGUAACGUGCAAAAGUGCCACGGCCGACGGGUAAUGGAUCCUCGGCGGUCACCAGCAGCGCGCCAUCAAGAGCGAUUCAGCCCUCGAGCAAGCACCCGGGACAGAACGCGGGGCCAGAACAUGCCAUCUCGUGAACCAUGGUGUCUCCUUCCCUGAGCGAACCGGCUCACCCAGUCGUCACCACACCCGUGGGGGCUGAUUUGUACUUCCUUUUUGCCGAUGCAAAGUACUACCGGUGCCUGCGGUUGUGUCACAUCGUCUCGUAGCAUCGUCGACAAUACCAGCGCGGAGGGGUGAGAACAGCCCUCCACGUCGCAAGACGGCAGGACGUCAGAAACAUAGCCCAAACAUUGUCUCUCCUCGCUCCCUCCCCAUGGAGCGAGACCUCGACUGCUCGCCGUCUGGUCGGCCCUGCAGUCAACAGCCGCCGCCGGGCUAAUACCAAACGUAGCCGGUUGUACCGCCGAACCCCGGUCGAGCGAGU